AUGGCGGACAAAAAGCAGGCGCCACCACCUGCAAAAGGCCAAAAAGCCGCCGCGCCUCCUGCCGCUCCGCCGAAGAAGGCCGCCAAGAAGAAGUGGGCCCUCUCUGAGGAGGGCAAAGUCAUCGAGAAGGUCAUCAAGGAGCUGGUGGAGAAGGACAUCGAGGCGCAGAACAACGCCCCGGUGGCCGAGGUGAACGCCUUCCUCGCCAAGCUGACCAAGGAGGUUGACCCUUCAGUGGAGUUCGGCGACCCCAGCAAGGAGCCAGUUGAGGAGAGCAAACCAAAGGCGAAGAAAAAGGCUGAGGAGCCGAAAGAGGCGGCCGAAAAGAAGGAGAAGGAGAAAGAGGAAGAAAAGGAGAAGGCCAAGAGUCAGAAAACCAGCAAGCCAGCAGCCAAUCCAAAGGCCAAGCCGAAGGAGUAG